GCACUAAAUGAUAACCACCGUAUACCAUGUUGCAAAUGCUGAUUUCAAUCAUAAAGCACUUUCUUAUCAAAAUACAGUGCCUACAUCAUACUCUAAAAAUCAGUCACAGCAUGUUACCUUCAUCUAAUGGCUAUAAAAAUUCGGUCCCACCUCUGCAAAGAUGACAGCAUGCUAAAUCUGUGCCAAAAAUUAAUAAAGCCUUGAGCUGGGACCAGAUGGUCAUUUAUCAUAAUUUUUCAUGAGUCGUUAGUUGAGUUUCUAAAAGCCAUGCAAAUAAGAUUACUAGAGCCGUUUCCGUAUACUAUCAGACGACCUAGAGGGUGGGGAUCGUUUGUGCGCAGAAGCAUUCAAACAUAUACCUCUCCUAUAACCACUUCCUCAGAGAAAAUGAUAUCAAAUGUUCACACUCCUCUGCCUAUAACCCACGACCCUCUCAGUAAAAACGAUAAAAUAUUAGAAGAGUUCCUGGGUAGGGUACUUCCAAGUUAACCCUUGGAAAUACCCAUAUUCUAACUUCUCUUUGAAGCAGAUGAUUCUGAUUUUAUAUACAAUCAUUUCAUUCUCAUAUCUGAUAGCAUUUUCAUACAAGCAGAACUAUACUCAUGAAUUAUAAAAUUGCAUAAGAUAUUUAUCUGCUUCUGGCUGUAAAGUAACAAAGUCUUGAGAGACAGGGUACUUUAUAUAUUCAUCCUAUUUACUAUGUCUUAAGACUAACUGAUCCUUGUAUAAACUCCAAACAAUAGUGAAAUAAUAUGUAUGUUGGCUUCCAUACAAGCUAAUAGUUAAUCUUCUCUGUUUUGAUCAAUGGUAUAUAUGAUUACCAUGCCUCUAUAUAUCUGUUUCUAAUGCCACAUUCAUGAAUGACACCCGCCAGAAGCUGUUACAGUUAGAAAAUUCAUGGGGCAAUUAAACUUGAUCAUGUUCUAUAGUCCCAGAAGGGGAAUUGAAUUUAACCAAAUAAUCCAGCUGUUAGAAUUUCCCAACAGAGAAAUCUUUAUGUUGCACUUGAAAUUACUGCUUGACAAAGCAAACAAGAUGUAUGCUUUAUUUCAAUCAAAUUAUGAUAAACGAAGACACAAUAAUAGAUUGCUAUGACUGAAAUCUGAUGAUGCCUAUUUACAAAGCAAGUUCAUAUGGCAUUAAUAUGGAGAAAGGUUCAAUGAUGUGAAGUUUAUCUUGGAAGGUUAAGACGUGCCUCGGAAGUCUAACGCCUUGAUUAUAAACCUCUGAUUACGCAAUACGAUUGGACCCAAUCACGCAACGUGUAGGGAAAACUUUAGGUUUAUAUAGUCUAUUUAGGGCUCAACCAUAUUCACGAUCCUACUCUCACUUCAAAAUACCAUCACAAACUGCUCUCUAAUGUCUUUGCAAGUGAAGAAGAUGCUAAGCAGUCCAUGCUCUAUAGCUACAAGCAUAGUUUCUCGGGGUUUUCAGCAAAGCUCAAUUCAACCCAAGCAACUGCUUUAGCCAAGAUGGAAGGAGUGAUAUCAGUGUUCAGGAGCAAGACACUGCAAUUACACACGACGAGAAGUUGGGACUUCGUUGGCCUUACCUUGGACAACAAUAAAGUGACUCCAUUGCAGCUAGCCUUUGGUGAUGACAUUGUUGUUGGGAUGUUUGAUACAGGUAUAUGGCCAGAAUCUGAGAGUUUCUGGGAAGAACCCCGUAUGAAGCCUAUUCCAUCAACUUGGAGAGGGGAAUGUGUAAAAGGUGACAGGUUUGACCCAAAAACAAACUGCAACCGGAAGCUAAUUGGAGCUCGUUACUACCUUAAAGGAUUUGAAGAAGAAAACGGGCCACUAAGUAUGAGUGGAAACCCAGAAUAUCAAUCACCACGAGAUUUUCUUGGCCAUGGGACACACACAGCUUCAACGGCCGUGGGGUCCAUAGUUAAGAAUGCAAGUUUCUUCGGCUUGGGGCUGGGCACUGCCCGGGGUGGAGCGCCUAGGGCUCGACUAGCAGUGUACAAAAUAUGUUGGGCGAACGAAGAAUUCAAUUCUGUGUGCUCCGAAAUAGAUAUACUGGCGGCUUUCGACGAUGCUUUGCAUGAUGGAGUUCACAUAAUCUCGGCCUCCUUUGGUCCACGCCCACCCAUGCUCCCAUUAUUUGAAACUAGUGCCGGAAUAGGUUCAUUUCAUGCAAUGCAACUGGGUAUUACUGUGGCUUUCUCGGCAGGUAAUGAGGGGCCUGAUCCAUCUCUUGUAACAAAUGUUGCGCCAUGGUCCAUUUCUGUGGCUGCUUCAUCUGUAGACCGAAUGUUUCGGACGCAGAUACUCGUGGACAAUAGUCUCUCUAUCAUGGGAGAAAGCUUUCUUCCCACUGAGAUUAAGGGAAAACUGACAGAUCCAAGCAUGUACUUCGAGCAUGGAGUUUGCAAUAGUGAUAAUUACAUGAAUGAAUCGAAAUCAGCUGUCGGGAAGGUAGUUGUAUGUUUCUCCACCGAUGGACCAACAUUGAUUGACCAAGCAGUAGCAGCAGUAAAGACGGCCAAUGCAUCGGGCUUGAUCUUUGUUGAACCCAUGACUAGGCAGACAGCUGACGUUGAAAUCGUCCCCACAGUGUAUGUCAACUUUGAGCAAGGGACACAAAUUAAGAACUAUCUUUUCGAAUCUCCCAGCCUCCCUAGAGUGCGGAUAAUACCGACUAAAACCAUAAUUGGAAAGUCACCAGCACCUACAGUGGCAGACUUUUCUUCUAGAGGGCCGAGUUCACUUACACCUGACAUUCUCAAGCCGGAUGUAACCGCUCCCGGAGUAAGUAUACUAGCAGCAUGGCCUCAUGACACUUCGCCAACCUUGUCACCAAGUGAUGAGCGUCGCGUGAGGUGGAAUUUUCAGUCGGGAACAUCAAUGUCAUGCCCUCAUGUCUCCGGUGUUGCUGCCCUUAUCAAAUCAGCACAUCCAAGAUGGUCCCCAUCAGCCAUUAGAUCUGCUCUCAUAACGACAGCUUACACUCGGGACACAACCAGCGACAGCAUUCUAGCUGGUGGAUCAAUGAAAGUGGCGGAUCCCUUUGACAUUGGCGCUGGCCACAUUAACCCCUUGAAAGCACUGGAUCCGGGGCUAGUUUACGAAAUGAAAACCAGCGAUUAUAUUCUCUUCCUCUGCAAUAUUGGCUACACCCAAGAAAACAUACACAAAAUGGUUCUUCCGUGUCCUGGGGUUGAUACAAGCUGCCCAAAGGUUCCGAAAAGCAACACAAACAUAAAUUACCCCUCAAUCACAGUUUCCAAUCUCAAAUCAACAAUGACAAUCAAGAGGACAGUUCGUAAUGUGGGCCAUAAAAAGAACACCAUUUACUUUGCCAGCAUUGUUAAGCCUGAUGGAGUGGAGGUAUUUAUAUGGCCUAGAGCUUUAAUUUUCUCGUGGUUCAACGAAGAAAACUCAUACUAUGUCACCCUCAAACCACUGAAGAAGUCUCAAGGGAGAUAUGAUUUUGGAGAGAUUGUUUGGUUGGAUGGCUUCCAUAAGGUAAGGAGUCCAUUGGUCGUAUGUGUGAAUACUACUGAUGACUCGAGUGAUUCCAUAGCCCGCACUAGCAGCUCGAUUUAGGCUCCUUGCUUAUUGCAUGUUUGAAGUUUUUGCUACGGAAUUUUGCAAAAAUCUUACAGGUUGGCGGUUGCGCUGUUUUGCCAACUGAUGUAAUAAUUGUGACCAAGUUUCUUGGCUUUGUCUCUGUAAAAAUAAAGUUGAUGUGAUAAGAAAAUU